AAAGGCUUUUAAAUCAGUGUGUCUUUGUGCAGGAGCAGCGCCACCUGUGAUCAACGUCCAUGUCCUCGCUGGACAAAAUAAAAAUGGCUGCUGAAAGUGUUGUUAUUGAAAAACAUUUUUGCUAAAACAGAGAAGAAAAACCCCACCACAUAUAGGAAAUGUUGCCACCUGCUGGACUUGCUGAUAACCAUUUCUUGGUGUUUUAAGUUCUGUUUUUUUUGGUCUGAAGAUUUAAAUUUGUGCAAAAUUCACUUCAUUUUAAGAUAUGAACUUUUACCUCAGAGAUAGGCUACAAGUCAACAUCUGAUGGCCUGAGCCAUUUGUGCUGAUUAUCUACCUCUGAAUUCCGUGGCGUACUUAACUUUCUUGUGGUUACAGUUUUUAAAAUUCUUUUGAGUCUAAAUAAAUAAAACUGUGUGAAAUUCACUUUAUUGUGAGAAGUGAACCUACAACCUCAGAGAUUCAAGUCAUCUUCUGAGGGAUUGCGCUAUUUGCCCUGAUGCUCACAACCCUCAAAUGUUUGUAAAUUGUUUAAAUAAUAAGUUGCCUGUUUCUACAGGCAGUAGCCGUACUUUGCAUGUGUGUAGAGCAAGUACAGUGAACCAGCACGCUCCCUGAAAAUGAGGCAGCUAAAUGGAACGCAGCCAUCAUACAUUUAAUGAGUUACAGCUGUGCUUUUCCUCGUCUGCAGUGAGAAAAAAGCCUGAGGCUUUAUGUGAUGUGACUCCACUGUUUCCCGGCUCUGUGGGUCUCUGUGCUGUUUUUCCCUCUCACCUUCUUCUUUUACCAUUUUCAGCCUUUGGCAACGCCAAGACGAUUCGAAACGACAACUCCAGUCGCUUCGGGAAAUACGUGGACAUCCACUUCAACAAGAGAGGAGCUAUCGAAGGAGCCAUGAUCGAGCAGUACCUGCUGGAGAAGUCUCGAGUGUGUCGACAGGCUCCAGAUGAGAGGAACUACCACAUCUUCUACUGUAUGUUGAAGGGCAUGUCUCCAGAAAUGAAAGCCAAGCUGGGACUGGGCCUCGCCACAGAUUAUGCCUACCUCACUAUGGGAAACUGUACGGAGUGUGACGGUCGAGACGACCUGAGAGAUUACUCCAGCAUCCUGUCGGCCAUGAAGGUCCUCAUGUUUACAGAGACAGAGAACUGGGAGAUUUCCAAGCUGCUCGCUGCCAUCCUGCACAUGGGAAACCUGCGAUUCGAGGCUCGUACGUAUGACAACCUGGACGCCUGUGUGGUGGCGAGAUCUCCUGACCUGGUCACUGCUGCCUCUCUCAUGGAGGUGGAGCCAAAGGACGUGAUGGUGUGUUUGACCACACGAACCCUGAUCACUCGAGGUGAAAGCGUCGCCAUGCCUCUCAGCGUGGAACAAGGCAUCGAUGUCAGGGACGCUUUUGUUAAGGGAAUCUACGGGAGGCUGUUUGUCUGGAUUGUGGAUAAGAUAAACGCCGCCAUCUACAGACCUCCUUCCAGCGAGAGAAACAUUGUGCGCAGAUCCAUCGGCUUACUCGACAUCUUUGGCUUUGAGAACUUCAUCGUCAACAGCUUCGAACAGCUGUGCAUCAACUUCGCCAACGAGAACCUGCAGCAGUUCUUCGUCCGCCACGUCUUCAAACUGGAGCAGGAGGAGUACAACCUGGAGGACAUCAGCUGGCAGCACAUCGAGUUCACGGACAACCAGGACGCGUUGGACAUGAUCGCCAACAAACCCAUGAACAUCAUCUCACUCAUUGACGAGGAGAGCAAGUUUCCUAAGGGAACAGAUGCUACGAUGCUCUACAAGCUCAACUCACAGCACAGGCUCAACUCCAACUACAUUCCUCCUAAAAACAGCUAUGAAACACAGUUUGGGAUCCAACACUUUGCCGGCGUGGUUCACUACGAGACCAGAGGAUUCCUGGAGAAAAACCGAGACAGCCUCCACACGGACAUCAUCCAGCUCGUCCACUCGUCCAAGAACAAGUUCAUCAAGCAGAUCUUCCAGGCGGACGUUGCCAUGUUUCUGUGUGGUUAUCAGCAGCCCAGCACUCCUGCUCCCAAGGGCGUUGAGACGAGGAAGCGCUCUCCCACACUCAGCAGUCAGUUCAAACGUUCUCUGGAGAUGCUGAUGAGGACGCUGAGUGUGUGUCAGCCGUUCUUUGUGCGCUGCAUAAAACCCAACGAGUUUAAAAAGCCAAUGUUAUUCGACAGAGAGCUUUGUAUUCGUCAGCUGCGUUACUCCGGCAUGAUGGAGACCAUCCGGAUACGUCGGGCCGGUUACCCCAUCAGAUACACCUUUGCUGAGUUUGUGGACCGUUACAGAGUCCUCAUGCCCGGAGUCAAACCUGCUCACAAACAGGAGGAUCUAAGAGGAACCUGUCAGCAGAUUGUUCAGGCCCGCCUCGGGAAACUUGACGACUGGCAAAUCGGAAAGACCAAGAUUUUCCUAAAGGACCAUCACGACAUGCAGCUGGAGGUGGAGCGAGACAAAGGCCUCACAGACAAAGUCAUCCUCAUACAGAAGUCUGUGCGAGGACUUAAAGAGAGGAACAACUUCCUCAGACUGAGACGUGCUGCGACUGUUAUGCAGAAGGUCUGGAGAGGAUAUCGGUGCAGGAAAGAAUACCGACUUAUGCAGUCUGGUUUCCGGCGCCUCCAGGCCGUCUACAGGUCCAGGAAGCAAUACAGGAGCUACCAGAGGAUGCGUCUGUGCGUGACUCUCAUGCAGGGCCGCUGCCGCGGUUUCCUCGUCCGGCAGACGUUUUGGCGGCGUCUGCGUGUCGUGUUGACCAUCCAGGCCUACACCAGGGGCAUGAUAGCCAGGCGCCUCUGCCAGAGGCUCAGAGCGGAGCUGCAGCGUCGCCUGGAAGCCGAGCGCCAGCGCUUGGCCGAGGAGGAGCAGCUGCGAAACCAGAUGACGGCGCGACUAGCCAAGGCCGAGGCCGAGAGGAAUCACCAGGAGCGGCUGGUCCAACUGGCCCAGCAGCGGGAGGAGAGGGUCAGGGAGGAGAAGGAGGAGACGAGGAGGAAGAAGGAGCUGCUGGAGCAGAUGGAGAGGGAGAAGGAGCAGCCCGUCGAUCACUCGGACAUGGUCGACCGUAUGUUUGGGUUCCUGGGGAACUCGGGGCCGUUACCCAACCAGGACGGACGAGCACCAGCUGGAUUUGAGGACUUGGAGAAGCUUCCCAGUGGUGUCGAAGCUGAAGAGGAGGUCGUACACGAAGCUCUGCCGUUACCUGACGAGGAAGAGGAGGAUUUGUCCGAGUACAAGUUCUCCAAGUUUGCGGCGACGUACUUCCAAGGAGUUUCCACGCACACGUACAUCAGACGACCACUGAAACAACCUCUGCUGUUCCACGAGGAUGAAGGAGAUCAGCUGGCUGCGUUAGCCGUGUGGAUCACCGUGUUGAGGUUCAUGGGCGACCUCUCGGAGCCAAAGUGCCCGAUGGUGAUUAACGACGGCAGCGAAAAGAUCCCCGUCAUGACCAAGAUCUACGAAACCCUCGGCAAGAGGACGUACAAGAGGGAACUGCAGGAGCUGCAGGUGGAGGGAGAGAACAGCUCCAUAGACACUCAGAAGAGAAACAGCGUCAGACACAAACUCGUGUCUCUCACACUGAAGAGGAAAUCAAAGAUCGCAGAGGAGGUCACCAGGAGGUUGACAGACGGAGACUACAGUCUUCAGGGGAACAGCAUGCUGGAGGACAGACCCACGUCCAACCUGGAGAAACUUCACUUCAUCAUCGGCAACGGCAUCUUACGACCGGCCCUCAGAGAUGAAAUCUACUGUCAGAUCUGCAAACAGCUCAGUCAGAACCCGUCCAAGAGCAGCCACGCCCGAGGAUGGAUCCUGCUGUCGCUCUGCGUCGGCUGCUUCGCUCCGUCUGAGAAGUUUGUCAAAUAUUUACGGGCUUUCUUGAUCAACGGCCCCCCUGGUUACGCUCCAUAUUGCGAGGAAAGGUUGAGGAGGACGUUUGUGAAUCGUACACGGACUCAGCCGCCGUCAUGGCUGGAACUGCAGGCCACUAAAUCAAAGAAGCCCAUCAUGCUGCCAGUUACAUUUAUGGACGGAACCACCAAGACGCUGCUGGCAGACUCGGCCACCACAGCCAGCGAGCUCUGCAACGCACUGGCCGACAAGAUCCACCUGCGCGAUCGGUUUGGUUUCUCGCUUUACAUCGCCCUAUUUGACAAGGUGUCUUCUUUGGGCAGUGGGAGUGACCAUGUCAUGGACGCCGUGUCCCAGUGUGAGCAGUAUGCCAAGGAACAGGGCGCCCAGGAGAGGAACGCCCCCUGGAGGCUGUUCUUCAGGAAGGAGAUCUUCACCCCCUGGCACAACCCGGCCGAGGACCAGGUCUCCACAAACCUCAUUUACCAGCAGAUCGUUCGAGGCGUGAAGUUCGGGGAGUAUCGCUGCGAGAGGGAGGAGGAUUUGGCAGAACUGGCCUCACAGCAGUAUUACGUGGAUUUCGGCUCUGAGAUCCUCCAGGAUCGCCUGCUCUGCCUCAUCCCGUCCUACAUCCCCGACAGAGAAAUCACAUUAAUGAAGACUCCAGAGAAGUGGACUCAGCUCAUUGUCAACGCCCACAAAAAGGGAUUAAACAUGAAGAGGAGGUUGAGCACACAGACGGUGAAGGAGGACGUGGUGGAUUUCGCUCGUUUGAAGUGGCCUUUACUCUUCUCGCGCUUCUACGAGGCCUUUAAAUUCUCAGGACCCAGUCUGCCCAAGAACGACGUGAUCGUGGCGGUGAACUGGACCGGUGUUUACUUUGUGGACGAGCAGGAGCAGGUUCUUCUGGAGCUGUCUUUCCCAGAGAUCACUGCUGUGUCCAGCAGCAGUCUGUUUUCUUUGUGCAGAGGUGGUAAACUCCAGGGCCAGAGUUUCACCCUGGCCACUGUGAAAGGGGACGAGUACACGUUCACCUCCAACAACGCGGAGGACAUCCGUGAUCUGGUGGUCACCUUCCUCGAGGGUCUAAGGAAGAGGUCCAAGUAUGUGGUGGGACUUCUGGACUGUCCCAACCCUGAUGUGGCAGUGGGGGUGGAGUCCACGUUCCUGAGUUUCUCCAAAGGAGACCUCAUCAUCCUGGACGAGCACGACGGAGAACACGUGAUGAACUCGGGUUGGGCUCACGGCAUCAACGACAGGACCAAACAGAGAGGAGACUUUCCUGCCGACUGCGUCUACGUGCUGCCCACGAUCACCAGACCUCAGUGUGACAUCGUGGCUUUAGUGAUCAUGACUCCUGAUCAGAGGCGAGAAUCAAUCACAUUGUCCCACAUUAACCUUUGUGAAAAAGAGGAGAAACCGAAGGCCUACACACUGGAGGAAUUCUCCUACGACUACUUCAGGCCUCCUCCUAAAAGCACCCUGAGCAGAGUGAUGAUCUCCAAAAGCCGAGGGAAGGAGCGCGUGUGGAGCUGCAGCAGGGAGCCUCUCAAACAGCCUCUGCUGAAGAAGGUGCUGGCACAUGAGGAGCUCUCCCAGGAGGCCUGUCUGGCCUUCACAGCUGUGAUGAAGUACAUGGGCGACUACCCGUCCAAGAGAGUGCGAUUCGUCAACGAGCUCACUGACCAGAUCUUUGAAGGUGCACUGAAGGCCGAGCCGCUCAAAGACGAGAUCUUCUGUCAGAUCCUCAAACAGCUGACCGACAAUCACAUCAAGUACAGUGAGGAGAAAGGCUGGGAGCUUCUGUGGCUCUGCACAGGUUUGUUUCCUCCCAGUAACGUCCUGCUGCCUCACGUCCAAAAGUUCCUGCAGGCAAAGAAACACUAUCCACUGGCUCCAGACUGUAUGCAGCGUCUGCAGAAGGCCUUACGAAAUGGGUCGAGGAAGUAUCCUCCUCACCUGGUGGAGGUGGAGGCCAUCCAGCACAAAACCACGCAGAUCUUCCACAAAGUUUAUUUCCCAGACGAUUCAGACGAGGUGUUUGAGGUGGAGUCGAGCACCAAAGCCAAAGACUUUUGUCAAAACAUCUCUGGACGUCUGAUGCUCAAAUCUUCAGAAGGCUUCAGUCUUUUUGUCAAGAUCACAGACAAAGUGAUCAGUGUUCCUGAUGGAGACUUCUUCUUUGACUUUGUGAGGCAUCUGACCGACUGGAUCAAGAAAGCCAGACACGUGAAAGACGUCGGUGCGGUGCCUUCACUGACGUAUCAGGUGUUCUUCAUGAAGAAGCUCUGGACCAACACGGUGCCAGGAAGAGACGCCAUGGCCGACUCCAUCUUCCACUACUACCAGGAGCUGCCCAAGUACCUGCGAGGCUACCACAAGUGCUCCAAGGAGGAGGUUUACCAGCUGGCGGCGCUGAUCUACAGAGUCAAGUUUGAUGAGGACAAGUCACACUUUCACAACAUUCCAAAAAUCCUGAAGGACCUCGUCCCGCAGGACCUGAUGAGACACAUGUCCCCCGACGACUGGAAGAGGUCGAUCCUGACUCCGUUCAACAAACACUCAGGGAAAAGUCAAGAAGAAGCCAAACUCUUGCUCCUCAGAAUCAUUUACAAAUGGCCCACGUUUGGUUCUGCCUUCUUUGAAGUGAAGGUAAAGACGUCACAGCAAAUAAGUGCAGUGUUCCACAAACUAAUAACUUUUAUAAUCACGCUCUUCUUCUGUUGUCAGCAAACAACUGAUCCAAAUUAUCCCGAAACGCUGCUGAUCGCCAUCAACAAACACGGCGUCAGUCUGAUUGAUCUCAAGUCUAAGGACAUUCUCACCACUCACCCCUUCACAAAGAUCUCUAACUGGAGCAGCGGACACACGUAUUUCCACAUCACCAUCGGAAACCUGGUCCGAGGAAGCAAACUGCUGUGUGAAACUUCACUGGGCUACAAAAUGGACGACCUCCUGACCUCGUACAUCAGCCAGAUGCUGACGACCAUGAGCAAACAGCGAACGUCUCGAGGCAACAGCAAAUGAGGACGGACCUGGAAAAACCCAGCGAUCACGGUCAAUCAGUGCUGCACACACAGACACAGCGUGAGGACACGUGUCCUCACUGAGGGUUUAUCUAGAAGACACUCUAAUGCCAAUGUUUGUAUGUAUUGUCCCUGUCUUAAAACUCACCCACUGCCUUUAAAUUAGUUUUUACCCCCAAAACAGCACAUGAAAAUUUGAAUUUUGAGCUUUUUUCUUAAAGAUUAAUAUAAAACUAACUCGGUCACAAAUUAUAAAAUCUAAUCUAAAUUUAAUCUCUGCACCUUUAAAUUUUCAGCUUCUCAGUAUAUAUAUUUUUGCAAACGCACGCUCAUACAAACAAGAAAAUUUAUACAGUAAAGGGAUAGUUGAGGUUUUUUGAGGUGCUUAAAUGGAAACAGAAGGAAAGAACUUCAGAAAAAAAGUUAAGAAAGUCAUGCAGUUAGUCUCUUUUAAAUCUUAGAAAAGUGGAUUUUUCAGCUGCAUCUGUAUUGAUGCUAAAAUUACGAAGUAAUUUUUCUGUCACAAAAUUACCCUUAAAAGGGUAACGUAGCUGCAUGUGCCACAAAAGUUCAAAAACACCACACACAUUUAUAUCCACAGUAUUAAACUGCUCUCAUAACAUUUCCUUCUUAUAUACACACACACACACACACACGUACUGUAGAUGUAGAUAGCAUUGAUUCUUACGCACUGAUAAAUUAUCACGUUAGCUUUUCUGAGCAGAGACGUUUCAUUCAUGUGACCUCGUGACCUGAUGUGGACGUGAAUAAAUUAAAUUUUUCAAAAGAA